AUGAUCUCUGUCGUUUCUGGCAUCACUUGCAAUCGAAUCAACAGCCGCGGUCACUGCGUUUACAAGGGUCCCGAUGAAAGAAACUGGGAACGAUCAGAAACCUAUUGCGAAUCACGAUUUGGCCAUCUCACAUCCAUUCACAACGAGGAAGAUAUUGCUGUGCUUAAAGCGCUUGGAGAAGCCAGCGGAUGCAAAUCUUAUUGGACGGCUGGACAGUGCAGAUACGGCAAAUGUUCAUGGAGAGAUGGCUCGUCUUUCAACUUGAAAAAAGGAAGUACUUGGGGUACGACAGACUGUAUGAAAGAAAAAUGCUUUGUAUGUGAAACUAGUAAGGUAAUGAGCGACUGUGAGGACUGGUACAAAGCUGGGUACAGAGACGAUGGUGAAUACAGCAUCGUUGUAAACGGUAAACCUUACCAAGUAUAUUGCGACAUGCAUACAGCUGGAGGUGGAUGGGUCGUGUUCCAGAGGAGAGUGAACGGCAGCGACUCGUUCUGGGAUCGUAGCUGGACGGAGUACAGACAGGGAUUUGGGAAGAUCGGGAAGAACACUACCUUCUGGUUGGGCAACGAGGCUCUUCAUCAGCUCACUUACAAAGACCCUAAUGUGACGUUGAGAGUGGAAAUGAGAGGUGACAGAACGCCGAACGCAAGGAACCCCAACGGGUUUUGGUGGAACCACUACUUCAAAUUCCGGAUUGGACCGGAAGAAACCGACUACACUCUCGAAAGGCUCUACAUCAACCAAAAGAACAUUCAGGGUAAUGCGUCAAUUGCAAGAUACGACAUGACCUACUCUGUUGGAGCUAAAUUCUCAACUAUCAACAGGAUCAAUGACCAGAGACCCGAAUGCGUAACGCAACAUAAAAUGGGGGGUUGGUGGUUACGUAACUGCGCACAGGCGACGUUGAACGGAGCUUAUGACAUAUCUCGUCAAUCUGCCGAUGGAUACGAUGAUGGUGAGCAUCACUCCCGUUCCCUCUAA